AUGUCAGGAGAAGGGAAUAAACGGCAACGUUUAUCGGGUGCACAAUAUAAAAAAAAACGAAUUGAACGAGAAAAAGAUUCUGCUAAGCAACGGGUUGGUCUUCUUCAAUUUUUAAAACCAAAUCAACAAAUCGAACAUAAUUUGUCUGUGAAUAACUUUACGCUUCAUUCUGAAAAUAUUAGUAAUAACAGUACGAUUUGUGAGAAAAUAAUUGAUAAUGACGUCUCAAAAAGUCAUAUCGAUAAUGAGCAUCAAUCAAAUAAUGUUGAAGAUCCUGAAAAUAUUAAUAAUAACAACACGAUUUGUGAGGAAAUAAUUAAUAAUAAUAUCUCAAAUAAUGUUCAAGAUGAUAUUAAUAUCGUCUCUGAUGAUAGCAUUGACCUUACAUUUUUUGAGGAACCAUCAAAAUGGCCUGAUCCAUUGAAUAAUGGACAUAGGUUAAUAUUAGUAAAAAAAUUUAAUAACCCAGUUCAGAUUAUUUUAACUCAGUAUCCUAUAAAUGAUGACAGUAGAUCAUUUUCUAGUAAAUACUUUUAUCGAAUUCUAUCAAAUGGUGAAAACAUACAGCGUACUUGGCUUAUGUAUUCAAAAGAUGUUGAUUCAGUAUUUUGUUUCUGUUGUAAAUUGUUUAAAUCUGGUACAUUUUCUCUUGCUACACAUGGUAAUCGAGAUUGGAAAAAUAUAGGAAAUAUUCUCAAAAAUCACGAAAAUUCGCCUUAUCAUAAAAAUGCAUUACUAAAUUGGAAAGAAUUAGAAAUAAGGGUGAAAAUGGGAAAAACUAUAGAUGAUGUUAACCAGGUGAUUAUUAGGGCGGAAACUGAACACUGGAAAGCUGUUAUUAAUCCCGAGAGGAGUUUCUCAAAACUUAAAAUAUUAAAAAAUUAUUUGCGAACAAAUAUAUCUCAAGACCAAUUAGUAGGAUUAGCCACUCUAUCUAUUGAAAGUGAAAUUGCUGAAGAAUUAGACAUGGAUGAACUUAUACAGAGCUUUGCUUCACUAAAAGCAAGAAAAGUCAAUUUUAAAUAA